AUGAUAGAAUUAUCAAACAUAGACACCAUCAGAUGGAAUAUUUUAUUAGGUAAGCAUCAAAAGGGUGAGUCUUUACACGCAAGUAACCGCAACUUUCAAACAAAAGACAUUUUCCGAGUUUCGGUGAUAGAACGCAUUAGAAGUGAUUGCUUUCUAAACAAUGGAUAUUUUCGAUCAGCCCUGCUACAAAACCACCAAGAAUUGAUUGGCCGGUGGCCGUAUCAGCCUCAAAAGCAGAGUUCGAUUAUUAUAACCAUUCUAUGGAUCGUGUUCUUCUUGCAAGCUAUUCCGCAAAUAAGAAAUUUGUUCGAUAAAGUGCAGAGGGAUUGGAAGUUGGUGAUGAAUGAUGAAGAAAAACGUGUUCUGCAAUAUCAUUCCGAAAUUGGAAGAUUAUUAACAGCUGGAUAUACAGUAAAAAAUUACUCUAAAAUUUCGUUGCGUUAA